AUGCAGUCUCUGAACGAGAAGGAGGAUUGUGUUGCCUGCACAGUGCGUAUGCAUGGUGGCUACCCUGCGGAUCGACUGCUGAGACAAAGGACCAUGAGCCACUCGAGACACCUGGGCAAGAUAAGGAAAAGGCUGGAGGAUAUCAAGAACCAGUCCCUUAAGGUGACAAAAGCGGAUUUCAGUCACAAUGAAAGUAUAAGACUGGCCACGGACGCCUUCUUGGAUGGUGGGACAGACUCUUAUCUCGAAACCCUAAACAAAGAGGGAGAGGUGGAUUUCCUCUCCUCCGUGGAAGCUCAGUACAUCAAGGAGAACGCCAAGGAGUCUUAUUACGCGCACGAAUCUCUGGCCGACGGGGCAGCGGGACCCAAGCAGAACGAUGCCGGAUCGCUUACGUCGGGGACCUACUUCCCAAGCAUUUCUGACAGCAGUGAGCCAGCUCUACUGCACACAUGGGUUACCGCAGAAAAGCCCUAUUUAAAGGAAAAAUCCACUGCCACUGUGUAUUUCCAAACAGAGAAGAACAGCAACAUCAGAGACAUCAUACGCCGGUACAUCAACAAGACCACUCAGGUGCUAGCAAUCGUGAUGGACGUGUUCACAGAUACGGAGAUUCUCUGCGACCUCCUGGAGGCGGCUAACAAGCGCAUGGUGUUUGUCUACCUGUUGCUCGAUCAUGGCAAUGUAAAGCUCUUCUCUGAGAUGUGUGACAAGCUGCAGAUUGCUGAGGAUCUCUUCAAGAAUAUUUCAGUCCGCAGUGUUACUGGAGAGGUUUACUGUGCCAAAUCAGGCAGAAAAUUUGCAGGACAAAUACAAGAAAAAUUUCUUAUUUCUGACUGGAGAUAUGUGCUCUCUGGAUCUUACAGCUUCACAUGGUUGUGUGGCCAGGUCCACCGCAACCUCCUCUCCAAGUUCACUGGCCAAGUGGUCGAGCUGUUCGAUGAGGAGUUUCGCCACCUGUACGCACUGUCAAAGCCGGUGAUGGGACCCAAGUCUCCGACCCGCGCCAUGCCCUUCCUCCUCAGCAAGGCCUGGGCCCCCCAGCGCAGCCCCCCUGACAGCAGCCCAGGAAGUGCCAACACCCUUUCGGAUCCUUUCAGUAGCCUCUCGGCUGGCAGCACCCAUCAGACCAAACAAACGCCGAGAACUCCCUUAUUCAGCAGCAACUUCACCCCCCAGUCUCCUCUCCAUAGAGUUAACUCCUUCCACAGCUAUGUCUCACUCACACCACCGCCACCACAGAAGACCAUCCAGGCUAACUACUAUCAGCCGCACUACGAUACCACCAUGGUUCUUUACAACAACGUGAACAUUUACAGACCUGUAAGACUUAGACAAGAAGAUCCAAACAGGACGGGGUUAAACUCACCUUGGAGGUGCCUUCACAAAGCUAACCUAUUUGCAUAA